AUGGCCCAGCAGCUGCUUUCCAGGGCACUGGUCUCUGCCAGCUGGCUCUCUGCAGCCCUGAAAGAAAGUCAGGCAGGAGCAGCCUUGAGGGUCCUGGAUGCCUCAUUCUACUAUCCAGCCAUCAGAGAUGGGCGCAAGGAGUAUGCGGAGAAGCACAUACCAGAAGCCCUGUACUUUGAUAUAGAUGAAUGCAAAGACAAGUCAUCCCCAUAUGAAGUGAUGCUUCCCAGUGAAGCUGAUUUUGCCAAGUAUGUGGGUAAACUUGGCAUUAACAAUGAGAGUCACGUGGUAGUGUAUGAUGCUGACCAUCUGGGCAUGUACUAUGCACCACGUGCUUGGUGGAUGUUUAAAGUAUUUGGGCAUCACAAGGUGUCGGUGUUGGAUGGGGGGUUCCGGAAUUGGCUAAGCCAGGGGCUUCAAGUGACUGCGGAGGUGCCCAAAGUAGAGCCAGAGACAUACAAGGCAGUCCUCAACUCCUCCCGUGUAAAGACCUAUGAGGACAUUCUGAGGAACAUGGACAGCAAGGAGUUCCAGCUGGUAGAUUCCCGCUCGGAGGGGAGAUUCCAAGGGACAGAGCCUGAACCAGGAGAAGGAAUUUAUCCAGGACACAUCCCUGGAUCCUCGAACCUUCCAUUUACUAGCUUCCUCACAGAAGAAGGCUAUGAGAAGUGUCCAGAUGAAAUUCGGAAUCUCUUUCAGCUCAAAGGCAUUGAUCUGAACAAACCCCUGACCAUUACCUGUCGACGUGGUGUCACUGCCUGUCAGCUGGUCAUGGCCUCCUACAUCCUUGGCAAGGAAGACACUGCAGUCUAUGAUGGCUCCUGGUUUGAAUGGUUUCACCGCGCCCAACCAGAACACAAGAUUUCUGAAUGGAAAAAUCAAUAAAUGUGGAUAUUUCUAGGGUAUAUCUAUACUAACCUACUGAACAAUGUCUGCCACAGAUGGUAGAAAGGAUACUAACAUGGAAACUGUUUUUGGUUUAAUGUGCAGGGGGUGAUAGUAUUGUACAUUGUGCAGUAUACACUUUUUCUUGUUGUAUUUCUGAUUUUCUAUACUUCUGAAGUGAACUUGGUAUUUUCUAUAAUCUGUGCAUGUUAUUAUCAAUAAAAUGUGCUGAUUUAUUAA